GGCUGACGUGUCGGCGAAAUGACGGAAAAGUGGGAAAACAAUGAGGAGAUCAAGAUCUUCCGGGAGUACCUGAGGAUCCCCAGCGUGCAUCCCAAUCCCAACUACGAGCCUUGCGUGGAGUUCCUGCGCCGCCAGGCGACGGAUCUCGGCAUGGAUUUCAGCGUUUUCCAUCCAGUGAACGACAAGAAUCCCGUCGUUGUGCUGACGCUGAAGGGCAGCGAUCCGUCGCUGCCGGCCGUGAUGCUGAACAGCCACAUGGACGUGGUUCCGGUGUUCCCGGAGAAGUGGUCGCAUCCGCCCUUCUCGGCGCAUCUCGCCGCCGACGGGAAGAUCUUCGCGCGCGGCUCGCAAGACAUGAAAUGCGUCGGAAUGCAAUUCCUGGCCGCGUUGCGCGCCUUCAAGAAGGACGGCGUGAAGCUGAAGCGCACGAUUCACGCCACUUUCGUGCCAGACGAGGAAGUUGGAGGAAAGCUGGGAAUGGCGAAGUUCGUUCACACCGAAGAUUUCCGGGCGCUGAAAGUGGGAUUCUCGCUGGACGAGGGAAUUGCCAGUCCAACUGAUCUUUAUCCAGUGUUUUAUGGCGAACGAUCCAUUUGGCAUGUUUACUUCAAGUGCUCAGGUACUCCUGGCCACGGAUCGCUGCUGCACAAGAACACAGCUGGAGAGAAAGUGCGCUACCUGGUGGAUAAACUCAUGGAUUUGCGUCAGCACGAAGUGAAGCGCAUGGAGAACAAUCCUGAGCUCUUGAUCGGCGACGUGACGACAGUGAAUUUGACCAAGAUUUCCGGCGGAGUUCAAUCGAAUGUUGUUCCUCCGCUCCUGACCAUCGGAUUUGACAUUCGUCUGGCGACAGAUGUGAACCACGACGACUUCCUGGAGCAGUUGAAGCACUGGUGUGAGGAAGCCGGAGGCGGAAUUGAGAUAACUUUCGAGCAGAAGGAACCGCCGGUGCCGAAGACAGAUCUUGACGAUGCCAACAUCUUCUGGGUGGCUUUCAAGAGUGCCAUCGAUGAGAUGAAGCUCAGCAUCCGCACGCAAAUCUUCCCCGGAGGAACUGACAGUCGUUAUGUGCGUGAAAUUGGCAUUCCAGCGAUCGGAUUCUCGCCCAUGAACAACACGCCAGUUCUUCUGCACGAUCACGACGAGUUUCUGCACGCGGACGUUUAUCUGCGCGGCAUCGAGAUCUUCCGGAAGAUCAUCGGCAAAGUGGCCAACUGCUGAACUUACGCGA